UGUGCGUGACUGUGCGGUGAAUGGUGCUGCAGGUAGAGUCAGAGCCGGAUACAAGUUAAAUAGCCGCACCGGAGCCCUGCCUCUCUCCUCUUCACCCCCCUCCUCCGUUAAAGCCUCCGCAAUGUCUGGCGGAGGAGAGGUACGCGUCCUCCGCCAAGAGCCCGGGCAAGAGAGCCCGAGGAUGCCGGCCUGGAAGCGAGAGAUACUGGAGAGGAGGAAAGCGAAGGGCGGCGGGAGUGCAGGAGCCGGUGCCGGGGAGACGAGCCCCGGCGCUUCGAGCCCCGGUCCGCAGCGGGUCAACGGCGAGCAGACGGGUAAUGUAAACGGCAGCAGCAGCGGCGGCGGUGGUGGUGGUGGUGGAGGAGGGUCCGGGCGAAACUACACCAUCACCACGGCCAACCAACACUUCAGCAGCAGCAACAACAAAGAGCCACGGUCGACAGCCGCGGAGAGGACGGCACAGAGGGAGGACGGCGGACCGGAGAGCCUGGUGCUACAGGAGAGCCUGGGCCCGCUGGAGGAGAACCCGUUCAUCAAGCUGGAGAAGGAGCGGAGGAGACGACAGGACCGAGAAAACGCCGCCCGUCCGGUCCAGCACAUACUGGAGCUGUACGGCAGCGUCCCCGGUAUACGGACUAUCCGCGCCGACAAUAUCAUCAUUAUUGAGUCGGACCCGGAUUACCUUCCCGACGGUGGGGGGGCGAAAGCCGGGUCCAACUGGCAGCAAAACGGUGUCAGUAGUUAUAGCUCCCUGAAUGACCUCCUGGACCGCAGAGGGAGUGCUGUUACGGAGAUAAGAGCCAAGGAAGUGGUCAUCUAUGACACCACGUUAAGCAAGAGCGAGGAGAACUUGAGCACCCUUGGUCGCCCUGAUCACGAGCCAUCUUACAAAACAGGUGAUGGUCAAGGUAGGGUGAGUCGGAUGCUGCAGAAGUUUGACAGCAACUAUGGGAAGCUGCAGAAGAAGUCCCACAGCACAGAGAACCUGCUGGACCUGGAUUGUAGUGCCAGCAGCAGGCAGAGACCCUGGUCCAAGCCACAUCCAGUUCUGGUGCCAAAGCCCAGGCCAGGCCCAUCGUCGCCUGUCUUCCAGAGUCCUCGGUCUUCCAAACCAAAGCCACAGCCUGCUGUCUCUGAGCCGGGCAGCCCCCAGCGCCCAACCGGGUCACCACAGUCUGUGUCUUCCUUCCGUCAGAGGUUUGAGGAGAGUGGAGGUGCUGCUGUCACCUCCAGAGAUGAGCCAGAGAGGGGGCAAACCAAGCCCACCAGAGAAAGAGACUUGGAGGGCACAGUGCCCCCCCCCAGUCCCAAGGUGCCAUGCUCUCCAGAUACUCGCCGUGCCCGUGCCGAGUCCCCUUCAAGUCCCAUCUUGUUGAAGGUGUCGCGCAACUCUUCUGACUUUGAGAUCCGUCCCGCUCCAAAACCAGACCUUACCCGAAUUCCUGACUCGGACACCCAGGCACGGGCCCUGGCAAACCUUCGUCUGCAGUCCAGAAACUCCUUCACAGUGAUCCCCAAGCGCCAUCUCGCUGGGUCCUCUGCAGUAGGCCAACCUAUGCCACCCAACCCUGUCAAGUCUUCCUCCUCUCACAGAGCGGCGGAGCUGUCCAUGCCAGGAGUGCCAACCUCCCCCACCCUGACGCCCGCUCACACACCCUCAAAGAGGAAUGAGGAGAAGCAGGAGGAGGAGGUGGAGAGGGUGGCGAGGUCACCCAAGCCUGACCCGUUUCCUCCAACAACUCCUGUGCCUCCUCCGACCUCACAACCUCUGUCUCCAUCUCCUCCUCUCGCCCGUGCUCCCUUCUCCCCACCUGCGCUCUCUUCACCCCCUUCUUCUCCAGCUAUCCCAACGUCACCCCCUUUCUCUCCACCUGCCGCAUCUCCGGCCCCCUCAGAGUCUCCCAUCCUGUCCCCCACCCCUUCUAUCCCCUCGCCAGCUCCAGAAAAACCUCCUGCAGAUCAGCUGCCAGUAACAAACAUAGACGACAUUGAGGUGGAACCUCCUCAACGCGUCCCUGUUCCCAGCCCCAUGGUACAGAGGAAAACGGGGAACACCUUCACUGUGGUGCCUAAACGUAGGGUGGAACCCGAGGGCCUGCCGAACUCACCUGAGCCACAGCAGGAAGCCUCAACUGAGGCCCCGCCAGGGUCCACGCCCCCACAGGCCCCGUACGCUCAGCUGGGCUCCCUGCUGAAGAAACGCUACCCUGCUGUGGAGGAGAUUGAGGUCAUCGGUGGAUACCUUUCCAUGGAAAAGUCCUGCCUCACCAAGACAGGCUCCACGGGCAAGAAGCUCAAGAUCUCCUUCAACGAGUCCAGUCUCCAGAGCACGUACGAGUAUCCAUCAGAGAGCAGUGUGUGGGACAGCGGGGACGAGGAGGAGGAGGACAGACGAGACGAGAAGGCGGCGGACGAACAGCCCAGCAUGGUGGGACGAAUCCACAUCCCUCGACCCAGUUUCACCACGAACAACAGCAAUGAUCUUUCCAGCUACAUUCCCAAGCACGCUGUGGACUUCAGCGCCUGGCAGGAGCACAAACACGAUGAGAGUGUUCAUCAGGAAGAAGCCGCUGCUCAACAGACGCAGAUGACAGAGGAAGUCAUGCUCACGCCAGCAGACAGCUCCUCCCUGUCCGACUACAGCAGCGAGCCCGCUCUUUACUUCUGAUGGCUCGGACCAAUCAGCUGUACAGUAGUACCUCACACUCAACCGCGGGACCAGACUGCAGCCGGAGCCCCAGCGAGGGACCCCCCUUUUCCCCUUUUUUGUUUUUACACCUUUGGGCCUGCGCUGCCUCCAAGAAGCUCUACACACUCCAGCCGGCUCCAAGCACAUCUUCUUGAUCAGACAGGAAACACAGUGUUGUUUUUUUUUUUACUUUUUAUGUUAGUUAUUUUGAGCUGAUUUCCUGCCACGGUACCGCUAUUCCUCGCCACGUUAUCAACAGCAUAUCAAGAGUUUUCCAGCUUUCUUCCAGGCGGCUGAUUCUCACCUUCAUCCUCAAUCAAAAAGCAGCUGGACUGUCUUACCCCACCCCCCCACCACGACGAUCCUGGACAGUUGACCUGUCGUCCUCACCUUUCUUCCCUCAUCACCUCUAUAUCAAAAAUAUCUGACAUAAUCAAACCAACUAUCAGACAUUCUCCGGCUUCAGACGGCCUCUCCUGUGAUUCUACCCCCGUCCUUCCA